AUGACGGCCAAAGAAGUCGUCGUUCGCACGUAUCGUUCAAAUCGCAGUCGAAACAUGCUUCCACGGACGUGCGAGCCCGAACAGCUAUACAAACCUCACAUGAUUCAUGCCAGCCAGAGACGUCAGCUUCCGUGUGAGCAACGUGGUGAGGUUGGAGCUCGAGAGACAGGGUACGAUUUUGAGAAAUCAGCCAUGACCAAGACGAAUCCAAUCGAGCGGCUCGAGAGCGUCGUGACUUACGCAGCGGACCAUCCGUUCCCCCUCGAGAACCUGCCGUGGACGGUCUUCUCGACAACGCAGGAUCCGACUCGACGAUGCGCUGUUCGUAUCGCAGACCAGCUUGUCGACCUGACGCAACUAAGCAGCGCAGCGGCUGAUGCGUUCUCGGAUAGUCCUUUCAGUGCCGAUCAGGCCGCAUCGCUGUUCUCGCAAUCAACGCUGAAUGCGUACCUGGCACAGCCGCGUCACAUCCACCAAGCCUUCCGCGGCUUCCUUCAGCACAUCUUGAGCGCCGGCUCUCCCGUCUUUGCUUCUCGACCGCAGCUGCUCGACGACGUCCUGAUCCCCGUCGAGAGAGCCACGUUGCAUCUUCCCAUCCGAGCAGGCGACUACACCGACUUUUGCGCCUCAAAAUACCACUGCACUUCGACAGGUCGGCUCAUGUUCAACGAUCCCACGCGGCCUCUCGAAGAUCAGUGGUACCAGCUUCCCAUCGGUUAUCACGGUCGCUCGUCUUCGCUCGUCAUUUCUGGCACCAAUUUUGCUCGUCCUCGCGGCAUCUUCCGUACAAAGCCUGGCUCUCCCGACGUCGAAUUUGGUCCCUCGAAGCGUAUGGACUUUGAGCUUGAAGUUGCCUUCGUAGUCGGUGGUCAAGGAGCGGCAGAUUCGGAAGACCUCAAUGCACUUGGACGCCCGGUUGGUCUCGAGCAUGCUGAAGAGCUCAUUUUCGGCAUGAUGCUCAUGAACGAUUGGUCGGCUCGCGACAUUCAGGGUUACGAGAUGAACCCACUGGGACCAUUUACAGGCAAGAAUUUUGCCACCACUCUCUCGCCUUACCUCGUCGAGCUGGCCGCGCUGGAACCUUUCCGUGUCGCAUCGCCAACAGUCGAGCACACUCCGUUCGCCUACCUCGAUCACAAGGGCAAGGGCACCACGUGGGACGUCAACCUUCAGGCGCAUCUCGCCCCCUCUUCUGCGGGCGAUGUCAAGACAUGGACAAAGAUUACCGACACGUCGCUCAAGCACGUCUACUGGACAGCAGCGCAGAUGGUAGCUCACCACACUGUCACAGGGUGCAAUCUUCGAGCCGCCGACACCUUUGCCACAGGAACCGUGUCGGGACCUUUCGAGGAUCCCCACAGCGAAGCAUCGCUGAUCGAAGCAUGCAAAGCCGGCCGUCAACCCAUUCCGCUGGUAACACAGAAGGGCGGAGAAGCGCAGACGAGGACUUUCCUCGAGGACGGAGACGAGAUCAGGAUAACUGGCUCAGCCUAUGACGCAGACUCGAAGCUUCACAUCGGGUUCGGCGAAUGCACUGGUCAGCUAUUGCCUGCCGAACAGCUCUAG